AUGUCAACAGCUUUUCUCGUGGAUAAUAUUUUGAAUGAAGAGAAAGACGAACAAAUGGAUUCAUCGGGAACAAUUUCAGGUUCAGAUGAAAGCGAUUCCGAACAUAAUUCUGAUUUAAAGGAUUCACUUUGUGACUCACCGAAAAGUUACAACAGCAUGCAUCAUAGAAAUUCUCCACUUUCAGAAGAUGAAAUAAUUAGAAGUUACACAGUGAUUCAAGAGCAAGCGGAUAAUGCUGAAAAUAUCAGUGAAUUUAAUUGUGCAAAGUGUGGUCAUUUGAACGAGAGCUUGAAGUUGAAUAGUGAAAAUAUUGAUGACAAAUGUGAAAAGUGCGGUUUUCAUAACGACUUCUUUCAGCAUUCGAAAGAAACACGCAUUAAAGAAUUGCCAAACAAACCUGUCUUAAAAUUUAGCGUUUCAGCUAUUUUGAGUGAUACGAAACGCGAUUGCGUUAAAGUUAGAAAUGAAUUUAUUCAACCACAAAACCUUUGGCCUUAUAUUCAACAAAAUUUAAUUCAACAAAAUCAUCUCGUAAAUCCCGCUUUCAUUACAAACAAUCACCAUCAUCCGCAUCAUUUACAUCCGAAUUCCAACAAUCUAUCGUCGCACGUGAAUGGAAUUAACAACAAUAAUAAUAUAAACGGGAGUGAAUCUAACGGUUUAUCGUGUAAUAACAACAAUAGUAGUCCGGAGCAUCAUGUUGUCGAUAGUCGUGAUAAUAAAGUUAUAGCCAAACCACUACCUAGUCGUCCAUUUAUGCAUCAUGGAAUUAAUCAUCCUCACUUGCAUUCACUGUUGGCACACUGCAGGAAUCCAUACAUGACAGGAGGUGGACCGCAAGUUUUCCCACUUCCCCCAGGACAAGGUUUCCCAUGGGCACAUUCAACAAGAGGAAAGCCUCGACGGGGCAUGAUGAGGCGGGCUGUGUUUUCAGAUUCACAAAGGAAAGGUUUAGAAAAACGAUUUCAGAUACAAAAGUACAUCAGUAAGCCUGAUAGAAAGAAAUUAGCUGAACGUUUAGGGUUGAAAGAUUCUCAGGUUAAAAUUUGGUUUCAAAACCGGCGAAUGAAAUGGCGAAACUCAAAGGAACGAGAACUGCUUGCAAGUGGUGGUUCAAGAGAUCAAACAUUGCCAAACAAGAACAAUCCAAAUCCUGAUUUAUCUGAUGCUAAAACUGAUCGUGCACCUUCAAUGUCACCGCCGUCAUCGAUUUCACCACCUAAUAGUGAUCAACAGCAACAGCAAAUGUGCAUACUUCGGAAUCAACAGGAUCAGCAAUCACCUAAUAAGUCAUCACCAAUUGAUCAGAAAUUUAUGGUGAAAAAAUCAGCAGAUUUAAAGUACGAAAUUGAUGAAUUGAAUUCGCGUUCGUCACUCCCACCAUCAGGAAGUCAUCCGCCAAUCGGUCAAUUAUUUAAUAACUUUUAUGAUAACCAAUCGUCAGAUGGAAGCGUUAAAGGAUAUAACAGUCAAAACAAUUCAAUGUAUUAUGAUGAAUACGAUUCAAAUGAUUCUAAUGAUAGCGAGGAAAUCAAUGUUACGUGA